AUGGCAACAGCAAAGACAACUGCAGCUGCAACAGCAGCAGUGGUUGGUGAAAAACGCUCAACAGUUAAACUGGAUACAAUGCGUGAAAUAGAAAAACACAUGCAAAAAUUAUGGGCCGAUAUGAAAAUAUUUGAAGCUGAUGCACCAAGUCAUUCUACUGAUAAUUCAAAUACAUUUUUGGCAACAUUUCCAUAUCCAUAUAUGAAUGGUCGUCUUCAUUUAGGUCAUACAUUUUCAUUAUCUCGAUGCGAGUUUUCUGUUGGUUAUCAACGUUUACGUGGUAAACAUUGUUUAUUUCCAUUUGGAUUUCAUUGUACUGGUAUGCCUAUUCAAGCUUCUGCAGAAAAACUAAAACGUGAAAUGGAAGACUUUGGUUUUCCACCCAAAUUUCCUGAGACAACAAGUGAAGAUGUCGAAAGAGAAAAAGAAAAAUUAGCAAAAUCAAAAGAAAGUGAAAGUAGUAAAGUUGAUAGUAAAUUUAAGAGCAAGAAAAGUAAAGCAGCAGCAAAGAGUACUGGUGAUAAAUAUCAAUGGCAAAUCAUGCGUAGUAUCGGAAUGGAUGAUGAUGAAGAAAUUCGUAAAUUUGCUGAUCCAAAACAUUGGAUUUCUUAUUUUCCAUCAGUUGUUAAGAAAGAUCUUGAAUUAAUGGGUUUAAAAGUUGAUUGGCGUCGUUCAUUUAUUACAACUGAUGCUAAUCCAUUUUAUGAUUCAUUUGUUCGUUGGCAAUUUCAUCAUUUGAAAGAAGAUGGUCGAAUUCAAUUUGGUAAACGAUAUACAAUUUAUUCACCAAAAGAUAAACAACCAUGUAUGGAUCAUGAUCGAAGUAGUGGUGAAGGUGUUGGUCCACAAGAAUAUACAUUAAUUAAAUUACGUAUUCAUGAUGAUCAUAUACCAGAAAAAUUAAAAUCUCAUAUAACAUCAACAACACAAGGUGUUUAUUUAGCUGCUGCUACACUUCGACCAGAAACAAUGUAUGGACAAACAAAUUGUUGGAUUGGUCCAGAAAUAAAUUAUAUAGCAUUUGAAACACGUUUACAUGGUAUUCUUAUUUGUACACGACGUGCCGCUCAUAAUAUGGCUUAUCAAGAAUUUACAAAUACUUAUGGUCAAUAUACAAUUUUAGCUGAAUUUGUUGGUAGUGAAUUAUUUGGAUUACCAUUACAUGCACCAUAUUCACAUUAUAAAACAGUUUAUGUUUUACCUAUGAUGACAAUCAAAGAAGAUAAAGGUACAGGUGUUGUUACAUCAGUCCCAAGUGAUUCACCCGAUGAUUUUGCUGCUUUAACUGAUCUUAAAAAUAAAGUCAAUUUACGUGAAAAAUAUGGUAUUACAGAAUCAAUGGUAUUACCAUAUGAUCCAGUACCAAUAAUUCAACUUGACCCCUAUGGUAAUCUUUCUGCACAAAAAAUUUGUGAAGAAAUGAAAAUUCAAUCACAAAAUGAUCAAGAUAAAUUAGUAAAAGCAAAAGAAAUCAUUUAUACGAAAUCAUUUUAUGAAGGCAUACUUUUAGUUGGUAAAUAUGCCAAUACAAAAGUAUCAGAAGCAAAAAAACUUGUUCGAGAUGAUUUAAUAAAGAAUGGAGAUGGAUGUAUUUAUCAAGAACCAGAAGGAAAAGUAAAAUCUCGAUCAAAUGAUGAAUGUGUUGUUGCACUUGUUGAUCAAUGGUUUCUUGAUUAUGGAAAUGCUGAAUGGAAAGAAGAAACAAAACGUGCAUUAGCUCAAAUGAAUGUUUAUAAUAAUGAAGCACGUAACCAAUAUCAAGGUGUUAUCGAAUGGUUACAUGAAUAUGCAUGUUCACGUUCAUUUGGUCUUGGAACAAAAUUACCUUGGGAUAAACAAUAUGUUAUUGAAUCAUUAUCUGAUUCAACUAUUUAUAUGGCUUAUUAUACUGUUGCACAUCUUUUACAAGGACGAGAUUCAUUUAAUGGUGAAAAAUUAGGUCCAGCAAAUAUUCUUCCAACACAAUUAACAAGUGAAGUUUGGGAUUAUAUAUUUUUUAAGGAAAAAUCCUAUUCAUCAUUAACAACAGAUAUUCCUCGUGCAACACUUGAUUAUCUUCGUAAUGAAUUUCAGUAUUGGUAUCCAGUUAAUUUACGUACAAGUGGCAAAGAUUUAAUUCCAAAUCAUCUUACUUAUUCCAUCUAUCAUCAUACAGCUAUUUGGCCAAAAAAUCCAGAAUUAUGGCCACGUUCAUUUUGUGCAACUGGAUUAUUAUUAUUGAAUAGUGAGAAAAUGUCCAAAUCAACUGGUAAUUUUUUAACAUUAUCACAAGCCAUUGAUAAAUAUUCAGCUGAUGCUAUGCGUAUAACAUUAGCUAAUGCUGGUGAUUCAAUUGAAGACGCAAAUUUUGAAGAAGAAGUAGCUGAAGCACAACUUUUACGUCUUUCGACAUUUAUUGAAUGGGCUAAAGAAGUUUUAGAUAUUAAUUUACAUGAACUUGCAUCAGAAAAUCCUUCAUCACCAACAACAAGAAAAAGUUCAACAGAAGAUCAUUCAACUGUUGUUUCAUCAGUUAUUAAUUGGGUUAAACAUAAAUUACAUGUUUCAUCCGAUUCAACAAAUGAAGAAUUUAGUGAACAUCAAAAAUUAACUUAUCGUACUGAUAAAAAUUAUACUUAUUAUGAUCAAGUAUUUGAAUCACGAAUGAAUCGUGCUAUAAAAUUAACAGAAGAAAAUUAUGAAAAAAUGUUAUUUAAAGAUGUUAUUAAAACAGGCUUUUUUGAAUUACAAAUUGCACGUGAUAAUUAUCGAGAUUCAUGUGCUGAAUCGGAGAAAAUGAAUUUACAUUUAUUGAAAAAAUAUAUUGAAGUUCAAACAAUUUUAUUAUCACCUAUUUGUCCACAUAUAUGUGAUUAUGUUUAUCAAUUUCUUUAUCCUGGUACAACAAUAAUGAAUGCAAAAUGGCCAAUUGCAGGUGAAGUUGAUGAAUCAUUAAUUGAUUCAUAUAAUUAUUUAACUGAUACUGCUCAUGAUUUUCGUCUUCGUUAUAAAUCUUAUACAACACAACAAACAAAUCCAAAAUCAAAAGAAAUCAAAUCUCAAUCACAUUUAACUCCAACACAUGGUACAAUCUAUGUUGCUAAAUCAUAUCCAUCAUGGCAAACAUUUGUUAUUAAUGAAUUAAAACAAUUAUAUUCAUCAAAUAAUAAAACAUUACCUGAUAAUAAACAAUUAUCAAGUCAUUUUAAAGAUCGAAAAGAAAUUGAUAAAAAAUAUGUGAAAAAAUUAAUGCCAUUUGUUAUUUAUUCGAAAGAAUUAGUUGAAAAAAGUGGUAAUAUUGAAUCAUUAGAUCAACAUUUAUCAUUUGAUGAAUUUGAAAUCUUACGAAUCAAUCAAGAUUAUCUUCGUCGUACACUUAAUUUAGAAGAAAUUAAUAUUUGUUCAGCUGAUGAGAAUGAAAAUAAUCAAUUAAUGUUAACUAAUUUUGAAGAUAUUUUACCUGGUAAACCAUUAAUUUAUUUUCGUCAUGAAGAAACAAUUCCAAUACGUUUUAUUAAUCGUCAACCAUAUUCAUCUCAUUUUGAAUAUUCGAUACCUGUUAUGAAAGGUGAUACAAUUGAAAAAUUAGAAUUACGUCUUAGACGACAUGGUGAUCAUCAAUUAAAAGCAAAUAAAAGUAUUCGAUUAUUUUAUUUUCAAAAUUGGGAAUUUUAUACGCGAACAUUACCAAAUAUAACAACACCAUUACAAGGUCUUGAAGAAUUUCAAAAUAAAAAUCAAGUUUUACAAAUUGAUUCUCGACAUGGAACACUUGUUAUCGGUGAUCAAGAUAUUGGCAAUGUUUUAGUUUAUUUUGUUGAAUGA